GAUGGGAGACAAACCUGGAGUUGUGUCUUUUCAAGGCAGUGCUAGGUAUACCUUAGCUGCGAGCGUCAGUGCCAGCCAACCUGCGUACCUAGGUAGUAGUACCUAGUACCUACACUUGCUCUGUACUCCCACACAGAGGUAACUCUAAGAGUUAACUUCAAUUCCAGACCUCUGAGCGUCCUCAAAGCAACCACCACUCUCCAUCCAUCAUCCAUCGCCAGAAAGACGUAUGAGUCCACAUACCCAAUUUCUCUUAGCUUGAUGUCGUCUUCGUCCAAUGUUCACCACUCGACACGCUCAAGAUGCCUUUCGGCUGCGCCUGCACCGAGCGCGAUCCGUUGACCUGACCGACGAAGAACUGGUUGAAAUCCGGGCAGCUCAGCGGACCUUUGAGGGCGCUUACAUCCGCACGUCGCUGUCCCAGUUCUCCUUCGCCCUAAUCGUACUCAAGAUCUUUACCUCGGAAUUUUACUCGAUCGGGGCCUUGUUCGCCCUUUAUGGAGCCGGCGUCCUCGCUGUGAGUGCCUACCGUCGUCAGCAGGGCAACAAACAAUUCUUUAGCGACGUCGGGCCCGAGGGUUUGGGCAGAAGGAGAUUCCGCACAAGUGGCAAUGUCGUCGUCAUCUUAACAAGCUUGAGCAUUGCUGCAUAUAUCAGCCUUUUGGUCUUGACUCUGAGGUUGAACCGCUGAAGCCCCGCCCGAGGCCAUUUUGGAAUCACGUUUAUCAUGCAGCGCACCCUCUAUUCGAGCUCGCGGGUCACCAAGUCCAUAUUCAGCUACACGUCUUGAAUGUCGUCUGGUUCUGUCUGCAGCUAUAGGAGUUGAUCAAAUGAUCAUAUCACCAUCUAUCGCACAUAACGGCCAUGUUGACAUUCCGAGGGCAGUCCAGAAUCUGGACCCGCGUCCACAAGGCUUUCUCGUGAU